GGGAAGCAUCUUCUUGUGGCUUACUGGGGACAGAACAGGGCAGGGAUGAGCUACCAAGAGAACCCCGCGAAAACCCUCAAAGAAGUCUGUGAAAAAAGACAAUAUGAUAUUAUUAUCAUUGGUUUUGUGGUGACAUUCUUUGGGGCAAGCAAUAAAGGUGAGGUCAGAACAACUCGCACAACCAUUUCACCAUGAAUGUAACCGCUCACUCACCAUCAUUUCGCCAUUGACGCCGUAACCGUCUUAGUAAUGUAACCGCGCCAAACAAUUGCUGUUAAUGCGAGCCCUCCGUAAGUUUUACCAUCUUGUUCAUGUGUCCAGCCUGUUGAUGCUGUAACUUACCGAAACGCUCAUUGAUGAAGACACCAUUUCCUAGGCAGCUGUGUGACUAAUGAAAACAAUACUAUUAUUUAAUCAACUAAUUAUUCCAAUUAUUUUUUAUUGGUUCAUACAAGCACGUUAAAAGACACGGUACAGUAAUACAGUAGUCACAUCGACCAUCAACUUAACGCCAUUAUCAAGAGAGAAUGAGGAAAGCUCCCUUCAUUCUUUCUUUCCUCUAAUCGUCAUUAAGGUACUGACUGACAACUUUGUUACAUUUAGGAAGUGUCUCUAUGAUUCGUUGCUAAUUGAAAUUGUAUCAUAGUAUGUAUGCUUGGUCAUUCUUGUAAUUUAGCUGAACCACAAGCUACACUAAGAGUAAAUAUAUUAUUAUCAUUAUUAUCAUUAUCAUUAUCUUUUUCAUUAUCAUUAUUAUCUUUACCAUUAUUGUUCUUCUUAUUAUUUUAUUUUGUCAACUCAGAUGAAGUGAGCACCCGCUUAAUGCAGCUUGUGAUUUUUUCUUGUAAAAGCAGUAAAUUCGAUACCAUUAUUCACCAAACCCUUUUUCUAAGCAGAUCAGAUGCCAGAAGUUAAUUUUGCAAACCACUGCUGGGAUCCUGUCUCGCCUGAAUACCCGAAUCUUUAUAGGUGCCCCAGAAUUGAGGAAGGUAUCAAAUUCUGUCAAAAUGCUGGAAAGAAACUUCUAAUCUCGCUUGCAGGUGCAACUGGUUACAAUAAUCUUGACGAUCAGAAAGCUGACAUCCUUGCUCAAAAUUUGUGGGAUUUAUUCCUUGGAGGAAAAGGCAAACAGAAUAUUAGACCGUUUGGAAGGUAAUGAUAUUUUAUGGUCAAACAACUAACGUGGAAUAAAAUGACGCCUUAGGUCACAAUAGAGACUUCAGAAUCAAUGCACUUAAUAUACUUUUUAAAACAAACUUUUAUUGGAAUAGCUAAUUUAUAUCAGACCCAAAACCCGAAAAAAGAGCAUUUCACAACCGAUGUAGCUUUUUAAGUAAAAAUGAAAAUCGUGACCAUCCCACUCAAUAUAUGAUUAAACCAACAACAGAUUUGUACAAAAAUCGACUUUAGGAUGAAUGCGUCUUUUGGUAACCUCAGACAUCUCAGUCUGUGGACAUUAGAAGCUACGCUUGGAAACGACCUUACAUACUUUCUGGCCGAAUGUCUUUUUUCUUUCAAAGUGCUAUUAUUGACGGGGUAGAUCUUGACAUUGAGGAUCACAAAUUUGGAGGCUACGCCCAACUCGUUAAAAAGCUCCGAGAACUAGAAAAGGGAGCAGAUACCAGGAAGUACCUCAUCACAGGGGCCCCACAGUGUCCUUACCCUGAUAUGCCGUUGGGUCCCAAACCUGGUACGGCGUUAGGCGACCAAGGAUCACAGUUUGAUCAUGCUUACGUGCAGUUCUACAACAACUACUGCCACACAGGCGACCCUGCACAGUUCGAUGCUAAUGUGAAACAAUGGCUCCAACUUGCGGCUGGUGCAAAGCAGGCACAUGAUUGGCUGAUGGUGCUAAAGAGAGCUACUGGGGCAGGUCCAAAGAUAUUUGUGGGAAUGCCAGCGUCUACCGAAGGUGCGAUAGAUCCAAAGUACUACAGAAAACCCGAGGAAGUCAAAAAAAUAUAUGAAGUAAGAACUUAUGUUACCAUUGUAUCUUGAAGUUCUGACCAGACGGUUUUCUUGUCACAUUUGGCGUGUACGCUGCUGAAUUUACCGAAUUACAGUGGUACUUUUGAAAGGCUAAUUGAACAGCAAUUAAUUUACAUAAGUCGUUGCCAAAUUGUGUUUGCAAUAGUGCGCUGAUAUAAUAUGGCAACAUGAGAUAAUUAGGUGGUACAAAUAGGAUUGUGGAAAACUAGGAAUAUGGCAAGGUGACAGACAAACCAAUAAGUUACAGCCUUGCAAGCUUUUUUUUGUUGUUGUUUUAAUUUUCAAAGACACAAUAUAUUGUUACAAAACAGUAAAUUACAACUGUACGUGGUACAAAAGUGAUACGCAUGCACACUGGUUCCUUACACGAUAUUUCUUAUGGGCUAUUACUCUAAUUAUCCUAAGAUUAUCAACAACAUAACAAGUUACCGGUAUACAUGAAAUCUUACAAACGAAUCAGUAAAAAGGGAACAGACCUUGCUAACUUGGCUCAUCUACUUAACUGUGGUCUACUGACAAAGAUAAAGAGGAACGGGUGGAUAAUUUGGAUGGAAGAAGGAGAAACAUUUGUAUAAAAAACAAUAAGUUAAAGGUUCAUCUGGUAAAAAUCAACUAAAUUUAACCAUGGAAAAGCUUCCAUUUGUUUAUAAAAGGGGAGAUUACAGUGAAAAUCUACUUGCUUCGCGAUUUGAAUGAAAAGAGGGACAUAGAAGAAGACAGCGUCAUCAUAUAAAAUCAGUCCAUGCCGCAUCGCUCUUUAAAAAGACGUUUGUUGUGGAACAGCUCAGAAAUAGAUGAGUAAUAGUCUCUAUAUUCCGUUAAAAAAAACUACAUUAAUCAGAUUGCACAAGUAUAAUUUUUUUGUAAAAACUCGUUAGUGGAAAGCCUACGAUGUAGGAACUUAAAAUGGAAUGUUCUUAAUUUGGUAGAUGUCGUACAGUCAAAUGCAAUUGUGUAUGCUUCCUUCCAGUCUAUGUCACUGACAUUCUCAACUUGAAUUUAUCUUAGCAAUUUUCCUAGAGAGGUUCUUUCUUUAAAAGAGAAAUAUAGGCCGGUAUAAGUUCAGUUGUGGUUGCUCCUUUUGUAGAAUGCACUUCCUACAUCGGUUUAGUUUGUAGGAUUUUACAGCUGCAACAGAACCAAAAAUUUCUAACCAUUUUAAGAUUGCUGAAAAUUCGCCUUUAUCUUAUCGUGCUAGAGAGGUUAUCAUUUCAAUCUAAUGUAUGCGUAUCUAGCAAACGUUCGCGACUCAUUCUGGUUUUCGAAGCAGCGAGGUCGCGAGAGGACUGAAUGCGAUUCUGUUGAUUACUUUGAGCAUGAUUUGGGAAAAACUUAUUCCCCUGCAAUCGCUUACUCGGCAAAGAUUACCACCCUUCGGUAUGUGAACCAGAUUAUUUUCUGACCACUGGUCUUUGCAAAAUUGUUCCUUUUAUAAAGAAACUGAAGAACGAGCCGAAUUUUGGUGGAUUCAUGCUCUGGGAUGCUUCCUGGGACCAGCAAAACGUCAUCAAUGGCAAGAUGUACAGUGACCAUAUCGCAGACAUUCUAAAUACAGGUCGCUACAUACUUCCUCCUCUCCCAUAG